UGAAUCGGGACCAGACGUUUAACUUCACACUAUCCAAGACUCAUAGCAUAGGCAACUAUUCACUGUGCCGGUCAAACAGUAUGGAUCCUGACGAGACCAUGACUUCCUCCACGGAAUCCUCACCUUCACUCCCCGGUCCAUCUCGAGAUGUCGGAGACCUCGACGAGGAUGACAGCCUAUUUCCCGUCGAAGAUCCACAGACUCCUGCAAACAACCACCUAAAUGCGGCCGCCCCCGGAGAACUGUCACCUCCUCGUUCGCAGCCUCAAUCAGAUGAUAGUAUCCCUCAGGUCACCGUACCCAACGGCAACAAUCCUCAGGCCAACAUGACCGCCACACGCCAGUCUGCUCGACCCCAAAAUACCAACCAGGUUUCUCAGGAACCAAGAGAGGAACCAGGUGCUUCAGGAGAGCGGGAUGAACGACCAGGCUGGGGAUGGAGUAACAAAAAGGCACAGGAGGAAAUGCAACGAGCCUGGGACAAUAUUGUCGAUCGAGAUUUCAGUCUCACAGAAUACGGCGAUGUCGUGCUACUUCGGAAUGCCUUGGCAACCCGGACAUGAACAUCUUGGACUUGGGACCACAAGGAUACGAAACGAAACGAAGUGAAAUGGGCCGGUAAAGAGUCUGUUCCAACCUGUACAUGAUACUGCAUAGCGAAGGCGCAUGAAUUGACACCCAAAUUGAUGGGUAUGAUGAUUGCUAAUCACUGGGGACGGAAUGCAAGACAACAUGCGCCUGGAUCGAAGAGUCGAGCAUAUAUAUAUUCAGCAUUCAUCUUCUCUUCCUCCCUGAUCUGAUCUCCUCCUCCAGCCUUUGUGACUCGUGAC